GAAUGCUCUCAGGGGCUGGGUUUUCCCUUAAACUGCCUCCCUGGAAUCAGCUCGGAGAUACUUGAGCUGAGGCACUUGGCAAGACGCUGCUUUUCCGGCAUAUGAAGAGUCUGUGCGUAAUUUUGUAUCCCUGAGCACUGGCAAGGACUUUUACCAACACAGAAGAAGAGUUGAGUCUUGGAAAGGGUGCAAAAUGACAGGACCAUGGGGCAGCUACUUCCCAGGGGGCACAAGCCCCCUGUUCGUGAGUGUGAACAUUUACGAUGUCUCUCAGCAAUGAAAAGAAAGUGAACACCUCGAUACUGAGGAAAAUAGCGGAUGACAUGAGUAACAUAAUCGAAAGCCUCGACACGAGGGAGCUCCACUUUGAAGGGGAGGAGGUGGAUACAGAUGCCCUCCAUGACCCAAAAGAACCUGGCUUUGGCCCCGGUACCUUCGGCGUCGACGUCGACAUCGACAUCGGCCACGGUAUCCCGGCCUUCGACUUCGACAUCGGCCACGGCUUCCCGGCCUUCGACAGCAACUCGGCAGAAGAAGGUGGCGCAAAAGAGGCCAAGAGCUGCGAUGUCGACGACCUCGAAGACUUCGGUGUCGAUGGCUUCCAAGGCUCCACGGCCUGCGAAGCAACCACCUUCGCGUCAACAUCGACUCCGCCAUCCUCUACGGCGGUUCGUAUUGCCUUCCGUCGAUCUCAGGAGGAGGCUCGACGUGCAUCCACCCCGUCUCCUGUUCCGCCCACCCCGGGCAAGUCUCUCUCUAAGACUGCACAGCCUCCAGCUAAGAGGAAGAGGGCGAUGCCACCUCCGCCCUCGCCCUCUUCAUCUUCUCGACGACAGACCACCGCCUCCUCAGCCACUUCUUCGGCGAGAUCGUCACCGGUACGGCCUACCGUACCGCAACCAGCACCGCAACCUGCCCAAGAGCCGCAGCCUGUAUCGUUGCCUCCUCCUCCUCCUGAGCAGCCCGAGUCCCCGGAGAUUUCGGUGGACACGGUCAUUGAGGCACCUUCUCGGCACCUGACGGCCAGACAGGAGCUCUUCCCGCCGGUCGCGGCCUUGACGACUGUGACAGCCAUACAGGAGACCCAGUCGGGGAAGAGAUUCGACGCGGUGGGCAGAAAGCUCUAUUCUGGUGCCCUACUGCURACCCGCAUGGCCAACUAUGGAGCGUGCAUGGGGGCCUACCAACAGAUYUURUGGGAGAAAGCGGAGCCRUUCUUCCAAAGAAUGUCGGCAGAAGACCGUGCCGCCAUGUCGACCCUGGCCCAGGAAGCUCAUUCACCCAGCCUCAACAGCCUCAGCAACAGAGGCGGCAACACCAGCAGCAGCGCUCCCGCUCCAGGCAGGCUUCGGGAGGCAACCAGGCCAGGCGUCGAAUUUGACGUGCUGGCGGACGAUACCGUUUACUUUUCCGUUACAGAUGCUGUUCCCAUGYCCCUCCCAAUGGUACCAAGUCUACAUGUUUACACCAUUGAAUUAACCCACGGAGAGUUUACAUGGCAAGUGAAAAGGAAAUUCAAGCACUUUCAAGAAUUCCACAGGGAACUGCUUAGAUAUAAAGCUUUUAUACGGAUUCCCAUCCCUACAAGAAGGCACACAGUCCGAAGGCAGACUGUCAAAAGGGGAGAAGCACGGCAAAUGCCAAGCUUACCCCGUACCUCUGACAACAUGGUUAGAGAAGAACAUCUCUCCAGCAGAAGGAAACAACUGGAAGACUACUUAACAAAUCUCUUAAAAAUGCCCCUUUAUAGGAACUACCAUGGAACGAUGGAAUUCAUUGGUGUAAGUCAGCUAUCAUUUAUCCCUGAUCUUGGACCAAAGGGCAUAGAGGGUAUGAUCAUGAAAAGGUCUGGAGGUCACAGAAUCCCUGGCCUGAAUUGCUGUGGGCAAGGAAGACUCUGCUACCGAUGGUCCAAAAGGUGGUUAGUAGUAAAGGAUUCUUUUCUACUGUACAUGAAGCCAGACAGUGGAGCCAUUUCUUUUGUCCUCCUGGUAGAUAAAGAAUUCAGAAUAAAGAUUGGCAAGAAGGAAACAGAAACAAAAUAUGGACUUCGAAUAGACAAUCUCUCCAGGUCUCUGAUUUUGAAAUGCAAUAGCUAUAGACAUGCUCUCUGGUGGGGUCAAGGAAUAGAAGCAUUCAUACAGAAAAAUGGCAAGAACUUUCUCCAGCAUCAUCGGUUUGGUUCUUAUGCAGCUGUCCAGGAGAACACCUUAGCAAAAUGGUAUGUGAAUGCAAAGGGGUACUUUGAAGACGUUGCAAAUGCAAUGGAGGCUGCCAAAGAAGAGAUUUUCAUCACAGAUUGGUGGCUGAGCCCUGAAAUAUUCAUGAAGCGUCCAGUGGUGGAAGGAAAUCGUUGGAGAUUAGACUGUAUUUUGAGGAGGAAAGCUCAACAAGGAGUGAAAAUCUUUGUGAUGCUCUACAAAGAGGUGGAACUUGCUCUUGGCAUCAACAGCGAGUAUACCAAGCGUACCUUAAUGCGUUUGCAUCCCAACAUUAAGGUGAUGAGGCACCCGGAUCAUGUGUCAUCUACUGUGUAUUUGUGGGCUCACCAUGAGAAGUUAGUGGUCAUUGAUCAGUCCAUUGCUUUUGUUGGAGGCAUUGACUUGGCUUACGGCAGAUGGGAUGACAAUGAACAUCGGCUAACUGAUGUUGGCAGUGCAAAACGGAUGACAAGUACGAAGUCUGAGUCUUCAACAAAUCUCUCUUCUUUAGCUGAUACAACCGAUGCAUCAAAUACUGAGCUUCCAACAGAGUCUGCAGUAAAACUCUCAUCAUAUGGCAACUUUGAUGACCCACCUGAUCCUUCAAGAAUGAAAGGGAUAGGGAAACCUAGGAAGUUUGCCAGGUUCAGCAUCUACAAGCAGCUCCACAGACAUGGCCUACAUCAUGCAGACAGUGUGAGCAGUGUAGACAGCGAUUCGAAUAAAGGUUCGAUCCGCAGCUUGAAGACAGGUGUUGGAGAGCUUCUUGGUGAAACCCGAUUUUGGCAUGGAAAAGAUUACUGCAACUUUGUCUUCAAAGACUGGGUUCAACUUGAUAAACCCUUUGCUGAUUUCAUUGAUCGCUACACUAUGCCAAGGAUGCCAUGGCAUGACAUUGCUUCUGUGGUACAUGGAAAAGCUGCACGGGAUGUGGCUCGGCACUUCAUUCAGCGCUGGAAUUUCACAAAGAUCAUGAAACCCAAAUAUAGAUCCCUGUCAUACCCUUUCUUGCUGCCGAAAUCCCAACUAACAGCUGAUGAUCUGAAGUACCAAGUCCCUGAGGCAGUGAAUGCCAAAGUGCAGGUGCUUCGCUCUGCUGCUGAUUGGUCUGCUGGGAUCAAGUAUCAUGAGGAAUCCAUCCAUGCUGCUUAUGUCAAUGUGAUAGAAAACAGCGAACACUACAUAUAUAUAGAGAACCAGUUUUUUAUCAGCUGUGCCGAUGAGAAAGUUGUAUUUAAUCGGAUAGGUGAUGCCAUUGCCCAGCGAAUCCUCAAAGCCUACAGGGAAAACAAACGGUACCGAGUCUAUGUAGUCAUCCCUCUGCUGCCGGGAUUUGAAGGUGAUAUUUCAACAGGAGGAGGAAAUGCGCUGCAAGCAAUCAUGCAUUUUAACUACAGGACCAUGUGCAGAGGAGAUAAUUCGAUCCUGGGACAGCUGAAAACCGAGAUGGGAGAACAGUGGAUUAACUAUAUCUCCUUCUGUGGGCUCCGAAACCAUGCUGAGCUGGAAGGGAAACUUGUCACAGAGUUGAUCUAUGUUCACAGCAAGCUGAUGAUUGUCGAUGACAACACAGUCAUAAUUGGCUCAGCUAACAUCAAUGACCGCAGCAUGCUAGGGAAACGUGACAGUGAAAUGGCUGUUGUUGUGCAGGACACGGACACUGUUCCUUCUGUCAUGGAUGGAGAGGACUACAAAGCUGGAAGAUUUGCUCAGUCUCUCCGCCUUCAGUGCUUUAGAGUUGUCUUUGGCAGUUCAGUUGACGCAAAUGAUCUCCAAGAUCCUGUUAGUGACAAAUUCUUCAAGGAAGUGUGGGUUGCUACAGCUGCACGCAAUGCCACCAUUUUUGAUAAGGUUUUCCGAUGCCUUCCCAGUGACCAGGUAACCAACUUAGCCCAGUUACGGGAAUUCAUCACCAUACCAAAACUUGCUUGUGAGAAUCCUGCAAAAGCAGCAGAAGAACUCAAGAAGAUCCGAGGAUUUCUAGUCCAGUUCCCUUUUCGUUUUCUAGAUGAAGAAAAUUUGCUUCCUUCUGUUGGAACAAAAGAAUCCAUGGUUCCCAUGGAAACUUGGACUUAAAACGACUUAGCCUAAAUUGGAUUU